AUGAAUAAAAAUUAUUCCUUAAGCUAUACUAUUUUAAGAAAAAAAUCAGCCUUACAAACCCCAGAGCCUACAAAAAUUGCAUAACAAUAAAGUUUAAAUAAGUCGAGAGCCAAAUCAAUCACUUCCACUGCAAUCAAUAAACCAAUAACAAUAAUAAGGCCUCCUUCAAUAAAUUUAAAUAAGAUUGAUACCAGUCCUUUUACUUUUGCCAAUAGACUCUCUAAUGACGGUUCUACUGAUUAAACCAACUCUGCCAGUCUUAAUAGCGAUCAAGAACAUUAAGGAACUACCAUACUAUAAAAGAAUAAUUAAGACCAGCUUUAAAUUCUGAAACGCUAAAAGCAAAUUCUUGAGUAUAGACUUAGAUAGGAGACAGAAUCAUGUUAGCAAUAUUAAUAAAACUAUCAUAACUUAUAGGAACUUUUACAAAAAUUAGAACAUGCUAAAACAAAUUAUAUUAAUGAAAUGAACUCCUUUACUUAAUGCUUAAGGUUGGUUUUGAAUAAUACUGAUUGA